UUGCUAGAUAGAGAGAGAGAGAGAGAGAGAGAGAGAAACAUAUCUCAACAAACGUCAAAGGUGAAAAAUUAUUAGACAUCAAACACCUGAGACAGAUCAGACAAGGAGAUGCAGAGAAAUCUAAGCUUUGCCAUAGAAUCCGGCGACACAACUUCCAAGUUUGAUGAUGAUGGCCGCGCAAAACGAACUGGAACCGUGACGACAGCAAGUGCUCAUAUAAUAACAGCGGUUGUUGGGUCUGGAAUACUGUCUCUGGCAUGGGCAAUUGCUCAGCUGGGUUGGAUUGCUGGGGUUGUUGCUCUUGUUAUCUUCUCCCUCAUCACUUUGUUUACUUCUGCUCUACUUGCCAACUGCUAUAGGUUUCCUGACCCUAUCACUGGGACAAGAAACUACAAUUACAUAGAGGCUGUAAAGAAUAACUUGGGAGGACUUAAAUACAAGCUUUGUGGAGUAGCUCAAUAUACGAAUCUUGUAGGAUUGACAAUCGGAUACACCAUCACUUCCGCUAUUAGCAUGGCAGCCAUCAAAAGAUCGCAAUGCUUUCACAACAAUGGCCAUGCUGCGGGUUGUCACACCUCAAACAAUUCCUACAUGAUCAUUUUUGGGAUGAUUCAGAUUAUUCUGAGCCAAAUACCAAACUUUCAAGACCUUGCAGGGCUCUCCUACCUCGCUGCAAUCAUGUCAUUCUCUUACGCUUUCAUAGGCAUUGGUCUUUCCACAGCCCACAUAGCAGAAGGGAAAACAGGGAAGACAAGCAUUGAUGGAAUAACGGCAGGCGUGGACGUAACAAGUUCACAGAAGGUGUGGAACAGCUUACAGGCCAUUGGAAACAUUGCCUUGGCCUAUUCUUACUCUAAUGUCCUCAUUGAAAUACAGGAUACGCUAAAAUCAAGCCCACCAGAGAACCUGGUGAUGAAGAAAGCUACCACCAUUGCAGUCUCAAUUACCUCCAUAUUUUACUUGCUGUGUGGAGUUUUGGGCUAUUUAGCUUUCGGGAACAAUGCACCUGGCAAUUUUUUAACAGGGUUUGGUUUUUAUGAGCCUUUCUGGCUUAUAGACAUCGCCAACAUUUGCAUUGUUGUCCAUCUUGUCGGAGCUUACCAGGUGUUCUGCCAGCCAAUAUACCAGCUUGUGGAAGGUUGGAUGAGCAGCCGGUGGUCAGGAAGUGAUUUCAUAGUAAUAGAACAUCCCAUUUACAUUCCAUUUAUUGGUAUUUACAAGAUGAAUUUCUUCCGGUUGAUCUGGAGAACAGUAUAUGUGAUAAUUACGUCUGUGAUUGCGAUGAUAUUUCCAGUCUUCAACAGUGUUUUGGGGUUAAUUGGAGCCAUUUCAUUCUGGCCAUUGACUGUGUAUUUCCCAGUUGAGAUGUACAUUUCUCAGGCUCACAUUCCCAAAUUUUCUCCUACCUGGAUUUGGCUCAACAUAUUGAAUUGGGCUUGCUUGAUUAUAACAUUUGCUGCUGCUGCUGCAUGCAUUCAAGGCAUCAUCGUUGAGCUCCAUCACUACCAGCCUUUCAAGUCUUUUUCUUAA